UUCCGCGGUGUGGCGCAUUCGGCGGUACCCUUUGAAUGUUCAAACAUAAAGUAUUAGAUGAUUUGGGGAACAUCAAUGCCCUCUACUGUUGCGCACAGCCAUGCAGGAAUUUGUAGUAAAUCUGGACCUCCUGGCUCUCGGCUCUUGACCCCCUUUCUAUGUUUCUGGGCCACCUCCGGGGGCAUGUAUUGGAGAGGGCCAUUAGGAUAUUUGACAAUCUCAGCUUGUUACAACUCCAUCAGUUAAUUGGAUCCCUUGUAGCGCCGCUCGUUUGACUCAUCUGCCACUUAAAAAGACAAAAGCGCACUGGGGGUCGUUCACACCUCGCGUCUCUGAGCAGGUAUAAAAGACCCGCGGCCUCUCCAAGCAUCAUUCCACUUCACUCUUCAGAAGCCUGAGAAACAUCUCCGCAGCGGAUAAGACAUUUUUUUGCCUUUUCCUAAACUCAGAAGCCAUGCAGAUGCCUGGACGCACUCACGAAACUUUUGGACACUCCAUGCGUCUACACGCAGCUUUCUAUCCGGACUAUGCCAGUAACGCGUGCCUGUCCAAUUCUUCAAAACCGAAUACGGGGAAAUCAUUCACAAUCGACGCAUUACUGGCCAGGCCUGAUCAUACAGAGAAAGAGAGGACACAUCUCUAUAGGAACAUAAACAGUCAACCUCAAGUCUCGACCACGGCGGUCCCUUUUGCGGCGCACAUGUACUCGCAAAUUCCACAGUUUGCGUAUAACCAGGGCAUUAUGCAUACACAGACCGGAUAUCCCGUUUUCUGUUAUCCACCCUAUAACUACCAGACACCGUGUCGAGGAGCUAUGUACGCACAAGAUGCAGUACUUGCGAAAGCUGGAGUGCACUCUCACUACAAACACAAAGCUGGAAAAUCAAAGAGAAUGCGCACCAGUUUCACCAAUGAGCAGCUGUCCAGACUUGAGAAAGAGUUUGCGCGUCAGCAGUAUAUGGUGGGAUCAGAGCGCUUCCUCUUGGCGUCUGCUCUUCAGCUCACUGAAGCACAGGUUAAAGUUUGGUUCCAGAACAGACGCAUCAAGUGGAGAAAACAGAGUCUUGAGCAGCAGCAGGCCAAAUUGGCCAAACUAGGCAUCACAGUGCAGCCAAAAAGCCCAGGAUCACAGGGCAGAGAGGACGAGGAAAGAGAUUUUACUGAGGACUCUGAUGUCGACAUUGACAUCGAUGAUUCACUUCAAGACUGAAAAAAUCACAUCUGCCUUUACUAUUCCACGUUUUGUACAUAUUCGUUUUUCACAAGAUGAAACAGUCUACUCUAUUUGUACAAAUAUUUAAUUAACAGAUAUAUAUUUAAGGUGUUUCGUUUAUACACCAUUGCUCUUAUAAGGGUAUCUUUGAUUUUUGUUAAAAAGCUUGUAUAUUGAUGAAAUAAAGGAAUA